CCGGAAGUAUUUUACAGCCUCGAACUGACAACAACCAGCUGUCGAUUGUCAUUCUGUCACUAGGAGAAAAUUCCCUGAAAAGGAAUAUUUCCCAUGGUACCGGAAUAGGUGAUGGAGAAAUCGAAGAGUAACGACCAGCCCCGCUGUCCGUGUGGAUUUUGGGGGUCUUCCAGUACCCUUGGCCUUUGUUCACAAUGUUACAAAUCACACAUAGAGAAAACCAAUGAUGCGUUACAGACUACACCAGAUCAUCUCAUUUCUCCAGAAACUGCCAGACAGAUGAAACAAAGUGGACACAGUCAUAUGGAGGGUGCAAAACAAACCAGCCAUAGCAUAAGUCUGGAGGGAGGCAAAAGUAACAGCAGUUCUCUCACAGAGAGCCAAUCACAGCCCUGUUCUUCCCAGCAGUUAAUAAGUGAGAGCUUAAAAGACUCUAGUGUUUCUAAGGAAACCAAGGAUUCUGAACAAAGUCCAGAAAACACUCCCUCAGAAACCGGAUCCCCCCCUCCCCAGUCUUCCUCCCAUUCACCGGCUCCGGAUACACCCGAGAAAAGGGGGGUUAAACGUGAUAUAUCAGAAGUGGACAAAGAAACGGAAACUCCAGAGUCAACGCCAGAAAAAGGACAGAAAAAUAAGAAACGCUGUUACCAGUGUAAAUGUAAACUGGAGCUGGCUCAAAGGCAGAUUGGCAGAUGUAAAUGUGAUUAUGUAUUCUGUUCUCUGCAUCGUUUGCCGGAACUUCACAAUUGCGAAUUUGAUCACAAAGAGGACGGGCGAAGAGAAGCGCGGGAAAAGAUGGUGAAACCUACGAGACACUUAGGAACGUCAUUCCAGAGGCUUGACCCCGAUUCCUGAGUCGUUAGCUCCGCCCACUGACGGCAUUAACCAAUGUGUUUUGUUUAUAUUUGAAUAUUAUGUAGGCUGCAGUAUUAACAAGGCAGCCAUUAGUUUCAUUUUUUUUCAAACAAAUAUGCAAAAUGAUUUAAAGAGAGAGAAAAAAACAUUGCUAUAAAGUGGAAGAAGAAUGUGGUAAAUUUUUCUUAGAAGAUGAAGUUGUUGCUUUGUAGUCUUGUAUAGCAAUAAGUAAAAGGACUCCUAUGUGAUGAACUUCUCAGAAGGGUCUACAGAUUUUAUAUAGAGUGCUGCCAUUGUAUUUUUUUCAAUCUUAAUGUUUUACAUGCGUCACAGAAUCCCUUUUUAACCCCACGCUGAUUUCUUGUUUUUACCGUUCUCCAGUUUUACGUGUAUGAUUUUGUCUGGCUGGCUGUCCUCAAAGAAAAUAAGGAAAUUUUCAGAAGUGUCAUUGUUACAGAGUGAAUGAAAGUGAAAGGUUUUAUGAAAGUGAUUCUAAUCUUUUACGUCAUAGUUUGUCAUACUACACCCAUUUUGUGUGUCUGAUAGUUUGAAGUUUGUAUGAUUAUGGUAUGAAUUCAUAAUGACUGAUAUUAACUGCAUCUUGCUUUUCUACAACUUAGGUGUCAUAUUUUGUCAUACACAAUGUAAUUUUAAGUCCAUACAUUUAAUACUGAUAAUGAUGGAAUAUGAGUAACUUUUUAGGGAAAACAUUUAUUUUCAUCAAUAUUUAAAGUAUUUUUUUUUUAUUUUAUGUCAGCAAAAUCAGAUGGGACUAUAUGAAUUUCCAAACUGGACAGAUUAAUAUUGCAGUACUCAUGGUACUUUGAAUAAAUGUUUAUGAUUUAAAUGAAAAAAAAAAACAUUUUGGACAGAAAUCAUGUUGAGUUAAGAUUCUCCGGAAUAAAUAUUGAGUUAUUUUCAAAGAAUCCAAAAGUAUCAAAAGAAAAACAUUAAACAGAAAAGUAUUUCCCAAUUGACUCUUCAAGUAACUCUCCCCCCACCCCCCUCCCCAUCCCCAAACAUAUCAAAUUAUGCUCCUGAAUUUUGAUUUUUUUUCUCUUUUCCCAUACCAGUAGUAUGUUUAUGAAAUUAUAAUAUUUUAACUGUAAUAAUUUGAAAGCAAUAAUUUUAUGUUAAUAAAGAGGAUCCAUAAUGUACAAUGUAUUGACAAUAUCUGUAGAAGAGAUAUGUAACCUUGGUAGAUAAAACCCCCUUCUUGGAAGUCUGGCAGACUUCAAUAAAUUCACACAAUUAAUUAGAACUGUAUGAAAACCCACCAUUGCUUUGGUGCUUUUUAAGCAUUAUCUAUGAGAUGUGUUAUUUUUUUCAUGACUUCCAGAGAGGGGAGAUAACCUAGUUUUGUGGUACAGCAAGAAUUAUAUGUAUAUGUGAGCUAGUGUUAAAAAUGUGUGAUUUCAGAUUGAAUGCAUGUCAUUAAAGAGAAAAUUUAUAUAAAAGUCAAUCUCAUUUA